CACACAGGAGAGCCCCUCUCUACCCUCCCCUCCUGCGGUACUUUGCCUUCGAUUUUUAAUGCGAGAAGAGUUCAGCACUCUCUUCCCUCUGUGUACACACGAACUAGCGCUAUCCACUAGGCCAGGAGCGGAAGCGAGAGAAAAACUCACUUUGCAAGAAACGCUCGCUUACGCCGGGAUUCGAACCCCUGACCUAACCUCUAGAAGGUUUCGAGGCAACUAG